AAACGACUCACCCUGACGACCACUGAAGCGGGCUCCCUGAUUCCUCCAUACGAUAAACUGCUCAUCUUCCGCGCUCUAACCGGCAUCGACAGCGUCCCCGCUCUAACCGCACUCAACCAAUUCGUCCGCCCAGCUCCCAACGUCGGCAUCUACAUACGAGUCAUCCGCGCCGAACAAGCCUCCGCGCAACGCUAUCGUUUCUUCAGCAUCCUCAUAAACACCUGUCUAAGCAUCCAGAUCGUCGUCGCUGCCGCUCUGACCGCUAUCGGUGCCGCCUCGGGCCCCCACUCCGCCGUCACUGCCUUCGGCGCAAUCAACACCAUCAUGGCCGGUAUCCUGACCUACCUCAAGGGUUCCGGGCUCCCGGACCGUUUGAAGCAUUACCAGAACGAGUGGCGCAAUAUUCGCGAGUAUAUCGAGCAGCGUGAGCGCGAGCUGUGUCUUGAUGGAUGCCAACUUGAUAUUCAGGAGGAGAUCCAGAUCAUCGAGUAUAUGUACGAAGGCGUCAAGCGGGAGCUGGAGGCCACGAAAAGUGGCGGCGAGAAUCGCUCCGCGCAGCAGCCCGGCCAUAGGAGGUCGUUUUUACCGGGUCGUCCGUUCCCACAACCACAACAG